ACCUCCCUCUUCCGCUCUCGCUGCUGGAAGGGAACGGGAAGGGUGAUGAGCGCGCCGCGCUCUGCCGUCUCCGCCCUCUUCCGAGCAGCCAAUCGCAGGCAAGACGCCGGGCGCGCGCACGCUCCCUCGAGUUUAACGGGCGCGAGAGGUCGCUCGCCCGACCCUGAAUUGAAUCGGCAGUGGGAGCGGCCGCCAGACUCUUGGGAGCUUAGGAUAUUUCACAAUUCUGAAUGUUAGCAACUGAAAAUGCCUGUAGACGAUGAAGCAUCUGAAGAUGACUCGGAUUCAAUUUCUUCAAAUAGUGAAAAAAUCUACAUUUUCAAAUAAGCGAGCAUAACAAUUUCUGUACAAUAUGGAAGAUUUUGACUUGGUGAAACCCUUACAAAAAACUUCUGUAGAGUCUGAUGUAAAAAAUUCUCAUUCUGUUGGACUGAGCUUAAAUACUAAUAGAAGCCGUCCCCACCUUAGUACAAAUGGGGUAUCCUCUUUCUCAGGGAAGACCAGACCAUCUGUAAUUCAAGGUACAGUCGAAAUCCUCACCUCUUUAAUGCAAGAGCUGCAAAACAGUGGAAAGACUGAUUCGGAACUUUGGAAAAACUGUGAGGCCAGGUGGUUACAACUAUUCAAUUUGGUGGAAAAGCAGUGCCAGGAGCAGAUAGUCGCCCAGCAGGAACAGUUCCACAACCAAAUUCAACGUAUACAGGAGGAGAUAAAAAAUUUAGUCAAGUUACAGACCAGUAAUGCUUCCUGGACUUCCUAUGAUAGAAGUUCUGUAAGCAAACAGAUACCUUUAGAAAGGCAAAUGGGUUUUUUUUCUGAAAACAGUGAGAGAAAUGAAUCUGUUAUCAGUUACCCUAAGUCUGACGAUCCUGAAAUGCAACAAGAAACAGCCACAUCACAACCAGACUGCAAUGUGGAUAGUAGCUCCGUGAGCAGUGGGUAUGGCACCUUUUGCGUCUCCGAAUUAAAUGCCUAUAAAUCGAAGGAUCCUCAAGAAUUCAUGGAGCACACAGAGGUUUCGCAAGGACAGUAUGGGGCCCCGGCGGUGCAGACAGGGUCGCUUACAGAUGGCGUAAAAAGCAAGAGUUUCUACAUGCAUCCUCCUGAAGAUUUCUGUGCCUCUUUAAAGGAAGAUAUUUCCAUUUUUCAUGGUGAUUUUGAGCACAAUUUUUUUGGUGAAAAUAAGAUUUCGGAAGUAUACAGUGGAAAAACAAAUAGUAAAGCUGUAACAUCAUGGGCACAAAAGCUGAAGCAGAACCAGCCAAAGAGAGCGCAUGCAGAGGAAGGAUGUCCAAAGUCUAUGCAAGGAAAUGAACAAACCCAGAAAUCGCCAGUGGAGAAAUCUGAUUUCACUGCUGCUACACACUCGCGUGCAUUUUACCUCAGCAAACCCGAUGAAAGUCCAAAUUCUUGGAUGUCUGAUUCAGGAACAGGACUGACUUACUGGAAGCUGGAGGAGAAGGACCUGUAUCGCCCUUUGCCUGAGGCAUCGUGCUCCUCCCCGGAUGGGUCACCCAGCCAGUCUAAUACUAGUAAUGAGAUGAAGCUACCAUCACUGAAGGAUAUUUAUCAUAAAAAACAAAGGGAAAACAAACAGUUACCUGAGAGGAAUCUCACUUCUGCUUCCAGCCCAAAUCACCCACCCGAGGUACUGACUCUCGAUCCCACGUUGCACAUGAAGCCCAGUCAGCAGACGCCAGGGAUGGCGCCGCAGGCCUUCCUGAGCGCCCUCGAUGACAGAAUAGCCUUUUCCCCAGACUCUGUGCUAGAGCCUAGUAUGUCCAGCCACUCGGACCUAGACUCGUUUUCGCAAGCAAGUAACAUCGCCUCUCAGUUAUCUGGCUUCCCCAAAUGUCCUUCAAACACAAAAGCGUCCCCAGUGGACUCCUGGAAGAACCACGCAUUCCAAAGCGACAGUAGGACCAGUUCCACGUUCCCCUCAGUGUACACUGUUACUAGUAAUGACAUCUCGGUCAACACUAUAGAUGAAGAAAAUGCUGUCAUGGUAACGCCAGCCUCAGUCAGUCAGUCCCAGCUUCCAGGUACAGCCAACAGUGUCCCAGAAUGCAUUGCAUUGACUUCCCUGGAAGAUCCUGUGAUAUUGUCUAAUGAUGCACAGAGUGAUUUCAGAGAACGGCUCAGUGCAGCCAGCAGUGCCUCCAAAAUUUUGCAGGAAAGAAUCGAGGAAAUGCGAACAAGUAAUAAAGAAAAAGACAAUACCAUCAUUCGACUAAAAUCUAGACUGCAGGAUUUAGAAGAAGCAUUUGAGAAUGCUUACAAACUCUCAGAUGAUAAAGAGGCUAGACUGAAACAAGAAAACAAAAUGUUUCAAGAUCUCUUAGGAGAGUAUGAGUCCCUUGGAAAAGAACACGAAAGAGUGAAGGAUACGUUAAAUACAACCGAGAACAAAUUGCUUGAUGCACAAACUCAGAUUUCUGAUUUGAAAAGAACAAUUUCAAAACUGGAAGCUCAGGUCAAGCAAGUAGAGCAUGAAAAUAUGUUAAGUCUUCGUCAUAAUUCUAGAACUCCUGUGAGACCAUCACGUGCCAACACCCUAGCAACCUCCGACGUCAGCAGGCGGAAGUGGCUGAUCCCAGGAGCAGAGUAUUCUAUCUUUACAGGCCAGCCUUUGGACAUCCAGGAGAGGAAAAUGGAUAACCACCUGGAGGAAACCUGUGUUCCUGGGUACCAUUCUCCUCCGGAAAAGGAUUCUUCACCUGGAAGCUCACCAGCAAACUUACUGAUAAAAAAACAGAGAGAGACUUCAGACACACCAAUCAUGAGAGCUUUAAAAGAACUUGAUGAAGAAAAAAUAUUUAAAAAUUGGGGCACACAGACAGAGAAAGAGGACACUUCAAAUAAAUUGGUGAAUCCUCGGCAAACUGAAACAUCUGUCAAUGCAAGUCGGUCUCCCGAGAAAUGUGCCCAACAAAGACAAAGGAGACUGAAUGCUACUUCACAGCGAUCGUCCUCUCUGCCACCUUCAAAUCGUAAAGCAAGCACUCCAACAAAAAGAGAGAUUAUGUUAACACCCGUGACUGUGGCUUAUAGUCCCAAGCGGUCCCCUAAAGAGAAUUUGUCCCCAGGAUUUAGUCAUCUACUUAACAAAAAUGAAAGCAGUCCGAUUCGAUUUGAUAUCCUUUUGGAUGAUUUAGAUACUGUUCCUGUGUCUCCAUUACCACGUACCCAUCCCAGGAAACAGCUCCAGUUUCUUCCUCUAGAUGACCCGGAAGAAAAAAAAUAUUCAGAAAAAGCCACCAACAUCCAUGUUAAUCAUAACUCCUCCCCCGAACUGUUGCCCAAUGGAGUGAAGAAAGUGCCUGUGAGGUCAGCCUGGGAGAAGAACAAAUCCGUUAGCUACGAGCAGUGUAAGCCUGCUUCAGUAGCACCUCAUGGUAAUGACUUUGAGUAUACUGCAAAAAUUAGGACCCUAGCUGAAACGGAACGGUUUUUUGAUGAACUUACAAAAGAAAAAGACCAGAUUGAGGCAGCGCUAAGUCGAAUGCCUUCUACUGGAGGACGAAUCACUUUGCAGACAAGACUAAAUCAGGAAGCCUUGGAAGACCGAUUGGAAAGGAUUAAUCGAGAACUGGGUUCAGUUCGCAUGACACUAAAGAAAUUCCAUGUCUUGCGCACCUCUGCAAAUCUUUGAGAUUUGUAGCCAUUAAAUUUUGAGACAUUUUUGUUUGCACUAAUGUAUAAUUAUGCACUCAGAAAAGGCAAACUAUUUUGUACUGUUUAUAAGCCUUCAGACUAGUUUUACAAUCAUGCUAUUCUUUAACUUGCUAUUUUAUACUUCAAAUGGCCACAUAUUUUCAAGAUAUUUUUGUUACGCUCAGGAAUCUCUUAUAUAUUUUACUAUUUAAAAAGUAUUAUUUUUAAAUAGUAUAUGUCUCCAAUUUAUAUCACGAAUAAGGACAUGUAAUCGGAGGCAGCUUGUUUGUAAACAAAUAGUGUUACCCCUUUACAAUUUGCACACCAAUUUUAUAAACUUGUUAGACAUUGUAAAUAUGAUUUUUUAAAAAUGCUUAAGAACAGCUUCCAUAGAUAGACUAAUACAUGCUGAAUGCAGAAAAAAUUACAGCAUACCCUGGAUUUUAGUUGUUUUGAGGUUUUUAAAAAAUGAUAAUGCAAUUCCUGUUUGAAACAUUUGUCUUAAAGUGAAUAUUAGAUUGGUAAUAAUGGAAAUAUUGGAAAUGAUGGAACCCUGAAAACUUUGAAAAUGACAUGACUAACUCAUUUUGUUUCCCUUAAACUUUAUUAUUUGUAAGGAAAGAAAUAUGAGAGAGAUGUAAUUUCUAAUUUUGUCACAUAUAUUACUUUUCAGAAAAAGUUAAACAGUUGGAGAGCUGUAGCUUUCUGCCCAUCAUUCUGAAUGUAACAUGUGUCCCACCCUAAAUGGAUAAUGAAUGACCAUAAAUGGAUAGAUAAAUCUUUGAUGAAAUACAGGUCACCACCCAGUGAGGUUGUGAAAGCAGCCCUGGUUUCCUCCACAUAGAUGGCUUCAGCUGUCAGUCAGUCACCAUGUGACAUUUCACACCCCUCUCCACCCACUCCACCCCUGCGCAAAAGAAAAAGAAAUCCUCCAAUAGUAGUAGGUGCUGUGAGAGCACUAGGUUAAGAUCAACAGCCUGCUCUGCCUGUUAAUGGAAGGGAUGUGUCUAGACCACGCCUGGCGUCUUGACCUUGGUCUUGCUGGAGGCCUGGCUCACCGCCUGGGCAAUAAGUACCUCCUGGCUCUGGGAAGUAGCACCUGGGCAGGAGGCUGUGCUCUGACCAGGAGCUCUGGCAGGUGUACUGACUGCUGGUCCCAUCCGGGCUGCUUACCUGUCCCCUUUUCCUUAGCCGGUCAGAACCCAGGGCCCCCAUAUUCAAGCUCUGUUGAUAAACAGACUGAUUCCAUACUUUCACAGUUCCCCCGGAAAACGCUCAGGUUUAAAUUUUGCUUUACUUUGGAGCCUUUUUUCCUAUGCGGCUCUUAAGAGCAUGUAGUUAUAACAACGCCAAGCCCACGUUACUCCAUUAGGGUACAUGUAUGCCUUUGAGCAGAGAUCCCCAAUUGUCUUUGAGCACCCAGCACCAAAGCUUCACCUGGCUGCGCUCCAGGCCAGGGGCCCACAGCCAUGCUCCUCUCUCCGCUUGGGGGAGUCUCAGCAAGGAGGGGGCCUCUGACAGCUGCCUCUCCGCUCUACCCAGGAACUGAACCUUUGCUCCUAACUCCUGCAACCAUGUGAAGACAUCGGCUACUGAGAAUUACUUGUCUACAGUGUCAAGUGCCUUUAUUCUAGAUUUUUUUUUUUUUUAAUCUCCUGCUUACACUAAAGAAAAGGUUCAUUUUAACCAAGCUCCAGUAUGGCGCUUGUGUUAAGACAUAAUCAAGGGAUUGACUUUACUGGUGAUAUUCCCUUUACUGUGUUCCUAUACGAGACAUUAAAAACCAGCUGGAAAGUUAUUAGGCCAUUUUUAUUGUUCCUUACUCCGGUUGUAAAGUCUACUACAUUCUUAAGAAUAAAGAAAUUGCCAUUUCAGAAGAGAUUAGAGUCUUGUCAAAGAGCUCUCUUCUUAAUAGUCUAUAUUGGCUUAUUCCAAGAAAAGUAUUAAGUGCCAUCACAAUGUCUCCCGUGCCUCUCUCAGAAAAAUGAUGCUUUGAUUUUUUCAAGUGUGUGAUAGAUUGGAAGUACCAGUCCCUUAUUUAUUUUUUUGAAAAAGAAAUUUUAUUGUUUUCUUUGUAGCUGUGAAGAGGGAAACCAAGGAAAGUCCUUUCAGCCCCCUUGCCCUUUGGGGAUUUGAACUUAAGGAAUAAUGGAUUUAACAACCACUCAACCUAAAAGCAGGAAACAUGGCAAUCUUAAAAAGCAACUACUGUUCCAGGGAGGUAAACGACUUUUGAUGCCGCUGGAGCUGAGCUGCAGUUAAUAGAGAGACCUAAGUGAAUCUCCCACUUGGGAAGUGCCUUUUUAAAUGCAAAUAGUUAGCUCUCUCCCUAGCGGGCCUCUGCCCCCUUCCUUUUCCUUAGGAGGCAGCCCAGGGGGAGAAAAGUCCUUCGGGAUCCCUGGUUACAGCUUAAAAUAAGUGUUCCAAUUGGAAUGACAGUAGAUGAAGCUGCCAUUCUGCGCUAGGACUGCAGGGCACAGGAGCGCCUGGCAGCCCCGGGUCCCACCUGGCGCAGGCCUGCUUUCCUCCGCAAUAAUUGACAGAUGAACAGACCAUUCAGGGAGAUCAUGUAAAGUGCCUGGUGCUGAGUAAAUUUUCAAUAACCUGUACAUUUCAGCUUCAUCCUGAGUUAAAUAGGCUUUUGAAGUAGCAAUUCAGUACUUUUUAAAUAGUAGAUUAUGUACCAAGCAAUUGACUUGAAAACUACCUUGGGUUGGCUGACAUUUCCAUUAAGUAGUCCGAAAUGUUCCAUUCACCUCUGCAAAAAAAAUCUGAGGUUUCUUGGCUCUGGUAUGAGUUUUGUUGUUUGUUUUCGUUUUUGUUCUUUAACGACUGAUAAAAAAAGUUGAUAACCUGUUGAGUGUAGGUUCAGAAGGCACUUUUAUCUUAAGCAGGUGGUUUUGGGGUUAUUUGAUGUAAAUAUAGGGUAUUCUCCUAAAAGUGUUGCCAAUGUAAUCAAACUAAUUGCUCCUUUGGGUGUUUCUAUCUAAAGGUUGUGGUGAAGCAGGGAUGUGAAGGAAGUGCCUGCCUCUGAGUGUUAGGAAAUCUAUAUGACGAUUAUGACUUGUUUUAGAGUUGGAUCACCAGAACGUGCUCCCCUUUUUAACUUAGAAAAGCCAGGUGCUUUGCUGAACGCUAUUUGAAUUCUGCACUCUGCACUAAUAUAUGUAGUAAAAUUAGACAUUUUUGUCAUUUUAAUUUUUAGAAAGCUCAAAAGCAGUUCUCACUAAAUUUUAAUGUGUAAUUUCUGCAAAUCUUUAAGAAGCUUUAAAAAGUAAAUGUGUCCCCAGAGCUCUUGAGGAAUCAGAGGUAAAUCACAUUUGCGCAUCAUGAGUGAUUGUGUACCAUUAGAUCUGCAGGGUCUGAUUGAACCGAUUACGUUGCACAAAUCUUGCAGGAAAUAAUUUCCUGCCCUGCCAGGAGUUCUGCGGCAGUUUGAUAAUGUAUUAAACUACACCAGUAUUCUUAGGACCUGCGUUACUAAGCUUUUUCCUUCUGAUUUGUGUUUUAUUUCAGUAGGCCCCUCUCAAAUACGAGGAAUCAAGCCAUAACUUUGCAUUUGCUGGACAUUUUGUACCAUGUAAUCGCUAUGACUACAGACUUCAAAGAUAAUUGUUUAAUUCACAAUUUCACUGUAACAGUGAUGAAUAAUGUGAAAGAUUUGCUUCUUACAGUGCUGCUGGCAGUUAGACAAAGCCACGUGCUUGUUGCAGUUGAUAAAUCUCGUCAAACGUUGGAGCCAUGACACUGUAAGCUCCACGAGAGCAGGGACCAUCUCUUUAUUCUUGCAUAAAGGCACUCAAUAAAUAUUUGUGGAUAUGAA